AUGAAAUCUUUGAACUUGUUUACAGGAUCUAAUUUAGUUGCUGUUGUUCUGGAAGAGUAUCUAGAUAACUUCAAAGACCAAAACGAGUUCUGGUAUGUGUCGAGAGAUGCUUCGGAGGCAGAAAAGGGAGGUGCGCAGAGGAAAGACGAUAAAUGGUGGCUUCCAACCGUGAAAGUCCCGCAAAAUGGUAUCUCUGAAGCGUCGAGGAAAUGGUUGCAAUAUCAGAAGGAUCUUGUGCACCAAGUGCUAAAAGCCGCAAUGGCUAUAAAUGCAAACGUUCUCAUGGAAAUGGAGAUUCCUGAAGCCUAUAUUGAGUCUCUUCCGAAGAAUGGGAGGGCCAGUCUUGGAGAUGCAUUAUAUAAAAGUAUAACAGUGGAUUAUUUUGAUCCUGAAGAGUUCCUUUCAUCAAUAGACUUAUCAUCAGAGCACAAGAUACUGGACUUGAAGAACAAGAUUGAAGCAUCUGUUGUGAUUUGGAAGAGAAAAAUGCAUAACAAGGAUAGCAAGUCUCCAUGGGGAUCAGCAGUAAGCUUGGAGAAAAGAGAGCAGUUUGAAGAUAGAGCAGAGACAAUACUGCUAAUUCUCAAACAUAGAUUCCCUGGCAUUCCUCAGUCAUCUCUUGAUAUUUCCAAGAUACAAUACAACAAGGAUGUGGGACAAUCGAUCUUGGAGAGUUACUCGAGAGUGAUUGAAAGUCUAGGGUACACUGUGAUGUCGAGGAUCGAUGAUGUUUUGUAUGCAGAUUCAAUUGCUCGGGAUCCAUCACUGCUUGAGCAGACGAAGAAACGGCUCUCGCUUGAUGUGGAACCGGUGAAGGUUCUUGAUGCUAAAUUAGAGAUAGAGAAGCUAAACAACAUGGAAGGGACUCAAUGCAUGACGCUGUUUGAUUUCAUGGGAUGGCAGGAAGAUCAAGAAGCUGAAGUGAAGAGUGGUAAGAGUAUGAGUACUAAUUUAGCGGACAUACUGCAUGAGAGCAAGUUGAGUAAGCUUUCAAACAUUGUGACCAAUAAGAAGGUUUCGUAUAUAGAGAAGCUUGGAAACUUGGGAGGCUUAAGAAGUCCUACAGCUCGCCAUUGAUUUGGGCUUG